AAGCAGCUUUGAAGAGGAGGUGUUUAUAAAGUCAUGCUUUCUUGCCAUUCUGGGGCCAGUCUCUUGUCACUGCUGAGUGCCUGCAGGAGCUUCGUGGAGCACCAAAGCCAACCCCAGUGCUACGUGUCAGAGGUACGUGGAGCUGAAGGAGAUAAUGAAGGAUCCAAAGCAGCAAACCUACUGGCAGGAGACGGGUCGAUGGACGGGCUGCGAGGAGAGCUUCGACCCUCAGGCCGGGGUGUGGGCGUCCUCGAGCAUCUCCUACCUCACCUUCAAGAGCCUCAUCCAGCUCCGACGCACCUUGAACACAGGUGUGACAAUUUUCAACUGUGAAGAGCGGACCAUGUCCGGCAUCGCAGAGAAGAUGGUCACUGAGAUGGUUAACAAGAAGGAGAUCAGACCUGGGGACCGAGAGGGAGUGCUGAAAUCUCUGCUUCAAAACCGCAGCCAAUCAGAUGACCCGGAGAGCCAAGUCCUGACUGAUGGGGUGGACCUGCAGAAGUUUUCAGUCAAGGACAGAAGGGAAGAAUCUGAUCGCGUAGAGGCCUCCAUGGUGCUCGUAGGAGCCUUGGACUUUCUCGAAAGGCCUACAGUCGUGUUUGUGCGUCUGAAGGAUGCUGUGGAGCUUGACUCUGCCAUGGAGGCCCCGGUGCCUGUACGAUUCGUCUUUGCUCUGGUUGGCCCGAGCAAGACUGACAUGGACUACCGCGAGACCGGCCGUGCUAUGGCAGCACUGAUGGCUGACAAAGUGUUCAAUCAGGCAGCGUUCCGGGCAAAGACCCCCCGGGAACUGACGGACGCCGUGGCCGACUUCAUGGACUGCAGCGUUGUCAUCCCGCCCACAGAGAUCCAGAAUGAAGAGAUGCUCGGCUCCAUUAUCAGCUUUCAGAAGAAACUACUGCAAGACAGGAUCCAGUCCUCUGAUCCCGCCGUCUGGCAAGACUCCAAACCUCGCAGGGUUUCCAUCUCUUCUGGUCCCCCACCUGAAGACCCCCUGUCCCGUACUGGUCGCCCUUUUGGUGGGAUGAUGCGAGACAUAAAGAGACGCUACCAGUACUACAAGAGUGACAUCACAGAUGCUCUUAACCCCCAGGUCCUCGCUGCCAUUAUUUUCAUCUACUUUGCCGCCCUGUCUCCCGCCGUCACCUUCGGAGGACUGCUGGCUGAUAAGGUGGACAACAUGAUGGGCGUUUCAGAGCUCCUCAUCUCCACUAGCAUUCAGGGGAUCAUCUUCUGCUUCAUCGCUGCUCAGCCCGUCCUGGUCAUCGGUUUCUCUGGUCCUCUGUUAAUAUUUGAGGAAGCCUUCUUUGCUUUCUGCAAGUCCCAGGACAUUGAGUAUAUUGUUGGCAGAGUGUGGGUCGGACUGUGGCUGGUCAUCAUUGUGGUGAUCAUUGUGGCCUUUGAGGGCAGCUUCCUGGUGCGUUUCAUCUCCCGUUUCACCCAGGAAAUCUUCUCCAUCCUCAUUUCCCUCAUCUUCAUCUAUGAAACUUUUGCCAAGCUAGGGAGGACUUUUAAGGCUCAUCCGCUGAUUCGGAAUUAUGAUCAUCUGAAUGCAACUCUCGAAAAUCCCUGGCAUCCAAGGAUCGAAGAGGUGGUCAUGUAUGACAACACUACCGGCAACAUGACUGUUAUUGUCAACACUAUUAAGCCAUCAUACCCCAACACAGCCCUGCUCUCCAUGUGCCUCAUGUUCGGCUGCUUCUUCAUUGCUUUCUUUUUGCGUCAGUUCAAAAACGGAACUUUUCUUCCUGGAAAGGUCAGGCGUUUGCUUGGUGACUUUGGUGUGCCUAUUGCCAUUUUCCUCAUGAUUGUCGUGGACUACACCAUUGAUGAUACCUACACUCAGAAACUAGUGGUUCCCAAAGGUCUGACGGUGUCCAAUCCAUCCAAAAGAGGCUGGCUCAUCAACCCCUUUGGAGAGCACAAGACUCUCCCCGUGUGGGUGAUGUUCGCAUGCUGUGUCCCGGCCCUGCUCGUCUUCAUUCUGAUCUUUCUGGAGUCUCAGAUCACAACUCUGAUUGUGAGUAAGCCUGAGAGGAAGAUGAUCAAAGGCUCAGGGUUCCACUUUGACUUGCUGCUUCUAGUCGGCAUGGGAGGGCUCAGUGCAAUAUUUGGUGUGCCGUGGCUCAGUGCUGCCACGGUGCGAUCUGUCACCCACGCCAAUGCUCUCACCGUCAUGAGCAAAGGACCAAAACCUGUGAUUGAGAAGGUGGUGGAGCAGAGGGUCAGUGGCAUUCUGGUGGCGUUGCUAGUUGGUCUGUCAAUUCUGAUGGAGCCGAUCCUGAAGAUGAUUCCCAUAUCGGCCUUGUUUGGGAUCUUUCUCUACAUGGGCGUUACCUCACUCAAUGGCAUCCAGCUGUGGGAUCGUAUACUGCUUCUGCUCAUCCCUAAAAAAUACCACCCUAAUGAACCCUACGCCACCAGAGUGAGCACAGGACGAAUGCACCUGUUCACGGCCAUCCAGAUAGUGUGCCUUGCAAUUUUGUGGAUUGCUAAAUCCAGUCCAGUAUCCCUCGCACUUCCCUUCAUUCUCAUCCUCACCAUUCCUCUACGCAUGUUUAUGACUGGACGUUUCUUCACUGAACUGGAAAUGAAAUGUUUGGAUGCUGAAGACGCCAAAGUGACAUUUGAGGAGGAGCCGGGGCAGGAUGUAUACUGUGAAUCUCAGAUGCCAUUGUAGAUGUCUUCCGUGACAGCUACAUGACAGAAAUACUUUUAUUUUAACAAAUAGAUGUUUAUUUUAUAAAUGGCUCAAAUUAAUGUUUCAUCCACCUAUAAACACAAACAUGUUUUGAGUUGAAUAUGGAUGAACAUUAAUAUCUUGUAAUUAUGGUCAAAUGUUCCUAAAUAGUUUUCAACAGUCACUUAAGGUAAAAAAGCUGGACAUAUUCAUAUAACAUUGACAUUGUUUUACAAAAAAGAAAGACAUGAACAUUUAGAAGAGGCACUCAAACACAAAAUAAAAAAAUCAAUCAUGUUUGUGCUAAAAAAAUGAAUGGAUUGGAUGCUCGAUGGAAAAUAUUUUAAUGUUAUUGUAGCCAAAAUGUUCGGUUUUUCAAAGCAAGCGCACAUUGAAUGUAAUGUUGUUCCACAUGCCACUUAAGUUAUUGUUGUACUCGCUUGAUGCGAGUAAAAACUCAACUCUGAAGGAAGUAAUUCAUUAUUUAUAAGGCACGAUGCAAGCAAAGAGUAGAUA